GCUAGGCGCACUAGGUCCUUAAAGAGCCGGUGCUAUCGUUCUCUGAUUAAGGUGUUGUGUGGCGCAGCUCCACCGGGCUCUGGGCGCGAUGCAGCAUCGCACCCUCACCUCGGUCCCCAGCCUCUGGGCCUCCAUCCCCUGCCCGCGCUCCGAGCUGGACCUGGACCUGGUGCUGUCCUCGGGCCAGUCCUUCAGGUGGAGAGAGCACAGUCCUAGGCACUGGACUGGGGUCCUGGACAGCCGGCUGUGGACCCUGACCCAGGCGGACGGUCGGCUGCACUACACCAUAUACGGGGAGGAGGCCGGACCCGGGGCUCAGCAGACCUUGUGCCGGUUCUUCCAGCUCCACAUCCGCCUGGCAGACCUGUACCAGCAGUGGGCCUCCGCUGACCCCCACUUCCGAGAAGUGGCCUCGAGAUUCCCGGGAAUCCGGCUGCUCAGACAAGACCCCGUGGAAUGUCUCUUCUCCUUCAUCUGCUCCUCCAACAACCACAUCUCGCGCAUCACCGGCAUGGUGCAGCGGCUGUGCCAGCACCUGGGGCCUCCACUGGGCCAGCUGGACGGCAUCUCCUAUCAUGGCUUCCCCAGCUUGCAGGCUCUAGCCAGUGAGCCAGGCCGCCCUGCCCGGUGCCCCCAGCCACGGUCAGAAGCAGAGGUGGAGCCCCAACUUCGGGAGCUGGGUUUUGGGUACCGUGCCCGCUUUGUGAGUGAGAGUGCCCGUGCCAUCCUGAAAGAACAGGGGGGAGCCAGCUGGCUGCAGCAGCUCCGAGCAGCAUCCUACGAAGAAGCCCAGCGGGACCUUUGCUCCCUGCCUGGGGUUGGAGUAAAGGUGGCCGACUGUGUGUGUCUCAUGGCCUUGGACAAGCCUCAGGCCGUGCCUGUGGACGUCCAUGUCUGGCACAUCGCCCGCCGGGACUAUGGCUGGCAGCCUGCUUCCAAGAGCCAGAGGAGCCUGAGCCAGAAGGCCAGCAAGGAGCUGGGAGACUUCUUCCGGAGCCUGUGGGGACCCUAUGCUGGCUGGACUCAAGCGGUGCUGUUCUGUGCAGACCUGAGACAGAUCCCCAAACCACAGAUUCUCCCCACAAAGUCCAAGCCUGGAAAACGCCAGAGGAGAGCCUCAGGGGAGAGGAGAGGCCCAGCAUCAGGACCAGAGGAUGCUGGAGACCCAGGAUGAUGGGAGCUGCCUCACUCUUCAUGGCACCAGGGACAGAUUCCUUUCCUCCCCUCUCCCCUACCCCACCUGGCCUUGGGUUUGGGGAUUCCGUGGCUCAGGGUUACCUGAUUCUCAGCAUCUACCUCAAGGAGACUUUCCAUCUCCAUGUCAGACUGUCAGUCAUGCACUGUUGGGGAAAGGAAGGGAUUGGGAAGUGUGUGCCACGCCAGAGGGAUGAAGCACUUCAAUGGUUUUAACCCCUUCCCUUUAAUACAAGAAAGAACAAUAAAAUAGAAAUAUUUGUUUGGAAAA